AAAUACUCUUCAAAGAUUACGGUGAGAAACAAAUCAUCGAUUAAAAACUCGGGUUCUUACCAGACGAUGCUGAGGAUGAUCGAGAAUAAGUGCUACGGUAGUUCGCCAAAAACGGAGACUGCUAUUCUAAAGAUUUUUAGAAGGAUGUCAUAGCAGUGGCUGUGAAGAAAUCUUCCAAAAAUCAAGAUGUAUGCAGACUGGGCAUCUUUGCAAGAUGAAAUACAGUGUGAUCGUGGAAAUCAGUCUGUCCUUCACAGAUUUCCGCAGACUGUUGGCCGUGAGGUUUCAUGUGCAGUUGUUAAGUGCAUUGCCCACAGCCUAAGUAGCACUGUUGGCAGUGAUGAUCCUAGUAUGCUUGAAGAUGAAAGAGAUGUCAGAUGGACUAUGGAGGUACUGUGUUUUGGACUGGGUUUGCCAUUGACAGAACAUGAAACCAUUAAUGACUGUGUUAAAGUUUAUGUGGAAUGGCUGAUGGCUUUAACCACUCCAAAGCCCUGUGUACCAAAAUCAGUUGUACAAGAUCCAAAUCCCUUUACACAGGUUAUUCUUCACCAUUUGCUUAAUCUCUUCAGACCUCGUCCAGAGUCAGGUGUUGACCUCGUCAAAAGGCAAGCUUUGCUAUGUCACAGAGUUUUGCGUGCUAUUGAAGCUGUUGCCAAAGAGUCCACUACCAUGACUCGAGACACAUGGGAAACAUUACUGAAAUUUCUUUUAGCUGCCAAUGACAGCCUGCUAUCACCACCAACAGAGAAAGACGAUACAGGAUUGAGUUCAUACGACAUCAGUGACCACCUCUGUGAGAGGGUGCUGAGUGUACUGUUUGGUGUCUGGCUGACUGCCUGCAGCAAGUGCUUCCCAUCUCCUUCCUUGUGGAAAACGUUUCGCAACAUGUGCAUGUACUGGCGGCAUCAUGAGGCACUAGUACUGCAGUGGCACAAAGUGAACCUCAUCCUGACAGCCCAGAUGAUCCGUAUCAUGUAUGGCCUCGACUAUCCUCAGCUCAUUAUCUCGGAGGAAGACAAUCAGAUAAUUCCUACAGACAUGAGUCAGGAGUGUAUUGCCCAAGCCUGGUUUCGUUUCUUGCAUAUAGUUCAAAAUCCUGUUGACCUUAGCAGACCUGCUGUGGUGUCCAACACGCCACGUUUCUUGCAGCACACUUUGACCAAUGAAACACUUUUGGAUCCUAGUCAGCACCCUUGUUUGAUGAAACUUCCCACUAUCUUCCAUCGUGCCAUGCGUGGUGUCUCCAUCAUGGUUAAUGCCUUUUUGGGUCUAACCCAAGACCUUAAGGAUGAGACCUUGAUGUCCACAGCUCAGACUUCUUCCCGAAUACCUGCAACAACACCAUCCACACCACCUGGUCAGCGCAAAUCAGCCAAACCUAUGUCUGUUCUUACUGGGUCACUUACUGCAAAAGUGACCUCCAAGACAUCACAAGUCACCAAGUCAGUAGUACCUCCACCAGUCAGUCAGACUGUGCAGGGUAAGAUCGCACUGGAGAGUCGCUUUCCGUUUGCUCCUACAAGGCCUAAGUGCAACAGCAUUCUGCACUUGUUUGGAUCUUGGCUUUUUGAUGCUGCACUUGCUGGUGUUAAGCUUCAUCCUUCGCAUGCUGCUCCAGGUAUAGUAUCAAAGGAGAGGCGAACCAGCUCUUUUAUAGAGUCAAAACAGCAGUCGCUGUCCAUGGAUUUGAGUGCUUAUCACCCAUAUGAAAGUGAUAACACCUAUGAAGCAGGGAGAGCAGAGGCAUGCGGUGCCCUGUGCAGGAUAUUCUGUGCGCAUAAGACAAAGGAACAUAUCCUGCCUGUCUACUACACGCGCUUCUACCUUGUGAUGUACUAUGGCUUGCAAACUGCUGAGCCAGACAUAAGUGGUGAAGUUCUGACGAGCAUUCUGUUCAACUCUUGUGAUCUGCUGCGUACUGACCUUGCUGGAGUACAGAUCCUUACACCAUAUAUACUUAAGGCCUUGGAACUGGUUCUUAGUCGCACUAGCCCUGAGUUCAGACUAAGUGAACAGAUUUCUUACAUUGAACUUCGUAAAGCCUGCGUACAUCUUUUGCUGUCGAUGGUGUGCUUGCCACUUCAUUUCAAAGAUCUCCAGAUUAAAGAUAUAUUGUCAACCACAACAGCAUUGUGCAAAGAGCAGCCGAUUUCCUUUCUGUCACUGAAGAACCGCAUUAUUGAUUUGCUUCGGAUUGCUUUGACCAACGAAACAGAUGCUACCAACACACAGAUGCUGUUAGGUGGCUUUAUGCUGGUGGUACAGGAUUUGGCAACAAGUGAAGAGACUGAUUCUAUGAACCUGCAACCUGGGCAAGAGACAUCUGACUCAGAUGCAAACCCAGAACCAAGGGCAAGCACAUCAUCAGCUGACUCUGGCCCACACGACACCAUGACUUCUUUGAACCGCCUGUCCAUCCCUUCCAAGGAGUUGGAAACCGCAUAUGGCUUGUUUGGUCAUGCAACCUCUUUGGUUUGUAACCGGCUUAUGGCAUCAUGGAAAACGGACCUCAAUACAGCACUGGCUGCCAUGGAGCUCCUGGCAGGGCUUGCCAAAGUCACACUCCAUCCUCCCAACAUCCUUAUGUGCAAGCGCACUGUGAAGUGGAUCUGUGACUUUAUUGUCUAUCAGUGCAGUCGGCCAGCACCAAACCACUCUCGGGACUUGCACUCACUGAUAGUGGCUGCCUUCAAGUGUGUACAGUUGUGGCUGGUUGAACACAGUUCCCUUCUAUAUGACAAAGAAUGUUUGCACUAUGUUUUGGAAGUGGUAGAGCUUGGCAUUUCGGGGUCCAAAUCACAGGAUAAGCCACAAGAAUCACAAAGUGUUAAAGCAAAAGUAGAAAAGGAUGCAAAGUCAGUAGCUGCAAAGAACCGUGCUAGCGACCCACCACGCUACAAAGGAACCAAGCAGCUGAUGCCAGCUUCUAUGAGAGUGAAGGAUGCAGCAGAGGCGGUGUUAACCUGCAUCAUUGAUCAAGUGGGUGCUUUCCCCCCUCCUUGUGGUCCGGAGUCCUUGUUCUCCCUGCUUGAUGAGCGAUCCCUGCUGAAAUAUGCCAAAGGCAGUGCAUUACCAGAGCAGGGCUCCCCAUUCCGCUAUUUUGUCAUCGACAACUCCAUCAUUGUUGGCUUGCUGGAACAGCCUUUGGGGAAUGUGGAAGAUCCUCUCCCCACGGUUACAGCACUGAUCCGCGGUGCAUUUGGUCGCCAUGCUUGGACAAUGCAGCUGCGACAUUCACCACGAGCAUCCAAGAUAUCAUCUCGGGCACACCUUGCAGACCCAGGUCGCCCGUUGCCUUUUGCUGAUGUUGGUGUUCAUCACAAUGUAAAGCAUAGAUACUUUCCAGAAUGUGUGGAGAAAAUUACCAAGACCAAAGCUGACUUGAGUAUACCUUCCUUGGAGUCUCUUUCUAAUGAACAUGAAAGGGAAGAUCUUGAAAAAAUGAAAUCCUUCAUCGACGCCUCAGCUGCCUUUGAAAAAAAUAUUGCCGAGAAAGCCCGCAAGGCUCGAGAGACUACAUCAUACCCUGAUCCCAUGACUGAAUGCAAGCCCCCAAAAAUCUGUAAUGAGUACCAGACAGCACGGCUUUUCUUAUCACACUAUGGCUUUCUGUCACUCGAAUCACUCAAGGAGCCAUCGAACUGUGUCUAUACUGUGCCUCCAGCUCUCGUGAUGUUGGAUUCAUCCAACACUGCUUUAUUUUCUGACCUGGAGUCGCUAGAUUUCAUCCCAAGUCGUGAUAAUGAUACAGUCCAUGUCUUCUAUGUAAAGCAGAACCAGAAAACUGCACAAGAAAUCCUGAAUAAUGUGACUUCCUGCAACAAUGUACAACCACAGUUUUUGGAGUUCCUGCACUCUUUAGGCUGGCCUGUAGAUGUGCGCAAGCAUGCAGGUUGGACAGGUCAUGUCUCUACCAGCUGGAAGAUCAUCGAACCAGAUGACUGUGAAGAUGAAGAAUAUUUGGUAGGAACAGGGGGUAGUCUUUAUGAUGGAAGACAGCAAGUCCUGUAUUGGGCUGAUGUCUUAUCUGAGCUCGCAUUUGUAGUCCCUUCACCUGAGACAUUUCGCCUGAGAACAAUGUCAUCCAGCACCCUGGAAUCUGACAAGUCAGGACUAUCCAUGCUCAACACGAGCAGUAGUGCCAACAGCAGUCCUCAUGUAAGUGGUGUUGGAGGGGCAGGCAAUGCAAUGACAACCUCUUCCCCUAAUGCCAGCCCACUUGCAUCACACUCUCCACACACCAAUGCCUCGCCUCGCCUGUCUUCCUCUGCACCACACUCUUCACCCUUAUCUCUUGGAGACCCCAACUUCCUGAAGCCCAAGUCACUGACGCUUGAGGGAGAAAAACUGCGUCGUCUUGAAGGUGAGAGCCCUGGCUCGCCUCCCGAGUCGGGCAACACCAGCACUGCUGCGGGCAACACAAGUCAGUUUCGACGACUUGGCCGUCAGCCAGCGGCCAUGAUGGGCCCUGACACCAAAGUGCUGGUUGUGUGGCUGGAAAGUUUCCAGGACACUGAGCACUUUCCCACAGCAGAACUGUUGAGUGUGACAUCAACAGGACAGGAUGUUGCUGUCAUGUCAAGCUCAUCAUCCAUGCAAAAGCAGGCAGAAAAGGAUGUCUACAUCAUCUUCAUCCAUUCCUUACAGAAUGGUCUUUUCCGUAUUCAUAUUCAGGAAUACGAGAAAACUCAGACAAAAAUGUCUGUCGCUAUUCCACUUGUGGAUGGCAUGGUGGUCAGCAGACGCACUCUGGGCACUCUUGUUCGGCAGACAGCCAUCAACAUAUGUCGUCGUCGUCGCUUAGAAAGUGAAGCGUAUCAACCACCUCAUGUCCGCCGCAAGCUGAAAAUCCAAGAGAUUGUCAAUAAGUACCGAUGCAGCCUCAGCCCUGCAGAGUUUUAUACAGCCCUUUGUCAGGAAGUAAUACACUGACAAGAAAGAAAUGCUGUUUGUUGCAUGGAAAAAAUAUUGAUGGCAAUAUCUAUCAGACUGGAUAGAACGAUGCACAAAAAUGUAGCAAAGUGAUUAUUAGAGUGUGCUUUGGAAAAAGAGUUCCUUUUUUUCACUUGGCUGUAGGUUAUUGUGGUCUUUAUAUGUCACCAUUUGCUGAUUGGUGAAACUGCAUCUUCAUCAGCUUCUUCACAUGAUGGAUUAGUUCCCUUAAACCACAGAGAAAGGAAAGUGUGGGGUUUUUUUCAUUUAUUUGAAAAUGUUCUGCAUCACACAUAAUCUUUGUCUACAUAGUGUACAAGUGAACAGGGGUUUCCUGUGUGUAUACUUGUGUAAACACACAAUAAUAAAUGCAAAAUGUGUAAAGUGCAUACUCACACUCCUAAGGAGUAUGCUCAUCGCCAAUGAACAAAAACGAGACAUGGACAGCAUACGAGGGACAGGAAAACAAAUGAAUUAUAUAGAAACUAUGAAAGAAUAAACAACCGUACUUAACAAGUACGGAAAAUGCAAAGAGGAACCAAAGAACAAAAAUGGAAAGUAUCAUGAUGAAGUCGAGCAGGGAAGGGUGGGUGUGAAAAAGGACUAGCAUGGUGGGAAUGGGUGUUACGGAAGAGGUGCGUUUUCAGUGCACGUUUAAAGGAUUCAAUCGUGGUUAGGUGGCAGAUGUGGAGAGGGAGAGAGUUCCAUUAUU